AUGGAAAAGGAUCAUGCUAACUGCCCUAAGCAGCUUGCUUUUAGCCUCUCUAAAUUUGAUGACUGGAAGAUAAGAAUGCAGGCCCUCCGCUGCUCCAUACAUGACGAGAUGUGCGACGUCAUAACAACUGGACCAAUCACAGUCAUGAUGGCGAACACACAAGCCACAGCUCAAGGAGCCGGUGCUGAGCAGAUGAUACCGAAGCCAAAAGAUCAAUAUAUCUCAGAAGAAAGGACAAGGGAAAACCUGGACAAUGUAGCACGAAACAUCCUCUACAACUCCCUUGACAAUUCUUUGUUCCCCAGAGUCCGAAAAUGCAAGAAUGCCGUGGAAAUAUGGAACGUUCUGAUGAAUCUGGGAGAAGGUGAUGAACAGGAGAAGGAUAACAAACUGACUGUGGCUAUGAAGAAGUUUGAAGACUUCAAAAUGUUGCCAAAUGAAACGAUCAUGGACAUGGAACUGAGGUUCACCAGACUCAUGGGAGAUCUGUCAGAUCUCGGGAAGGAACUGAUUGAGAAAGAAAAGAAUUUGAAGAUUCUUCGUGGUCUGGCAAAGUCUUGGGAAAUGAAGGUCAUUGCAAUGAGAGACAACCGAGACAUGAAAACGACGAGCACAGCCAAGAUUUUCAGUGAUCUUAAGGCAUACGAGUUUGAACAUGAACCGAAAGAUGUCGAAGAAUCAGAAACGAGAAAUGUAGCUCUCGUGGCCAACCAACAAGCAACAACAUCUAACAGGUCAAAAUCUAACUCUUGUGAAUUCUUAUCUGAUGAACAGUAUGCCCUAUUUGUUAGGAAGAUGAAGAGGUUCAUGAGGAAGAACAAUUUUCAAGACUCACAUCGUUCGGGCCACCGAAAGCAACACGAAAGCUCACCUCAAACCUCAAAGCCAGAAACUUCAGACUCGCAAUUGCUGUGCUACAACUGUCGGAAACCAGGACACUUCAAGGCUAACUGUCCUCAUCCAAUAGUAAGCAAACAUCAAGAUAGCAACGCUACCAAAAGCCCAUCCAAGGAGACUGGAGAGAGAUACAAAAGAAAUGACAAGCCUGAAUCAUCAAGCUCCAGAAACGAAAGAAGAAGAAAGGCUAUGGUAGUGAACGAAACUCCUGACACUGUUGAGGCCGAAAGUAGUUCCUCAAGCUCAAGUUCAGACGAUGAAAGCACAGAAGAGGAAAAGGGAUUGCUAUGCCUGUUCAGCCAAGAAUCAGAAGAUCUAUGCCUUAUGGUUGACGAGGAUGAGGUAAAUUCUCAAUCAUCUUCUUGUUAUUCAGCAGAGUCCAGUUCUGUAGGGAGUCAAACUUCCAAUGAAUCCAUUACCGAAAUGAUGAGGGAGCUCAAAGUGAUCAAAAGCACAUACUCCAAGCUUAAGGAGGAGAACUCUCGGCUUAUGAUUAGCUAUAAUGCUCUAAGGCAAGUUCGAGUUGAGAACAUAAUGCUAGCCAUUGCUAAGAAGCAACUUGAGGAAAAUGUUCUCGCUCUAAAGGAGCAGUGCACAGCAAGAGAAAAGAGAGAGCAAGAACUCCUUGAAGUCUUAGAUAAAUUCAAUAAUUCGUCCAAUUUAAUGGACCGAAUGAUAAAUGAAUCUAGACUGCCCGGGGAAAGUACGGGAAUUGGUUUUGACCCCAGCUCCUCUUCACAAGUCGGCUUGAACAAAUCCACGAAGGCUUAUUCUCACGAAAGCUUUCAAGCUGCAUUUUUUCAAGGUCGAACCCAGGUGUCUGAGCCUAUGACAAAAGUUAACAAUGUCGCCACACCACAAUGA